AAACAAAUCGGCGCGAUGGAUAAUUUUUCCGAAAUUUUCAUCACAAUUAAACCACUUUUCGAUGCUGUUAUAAGAAAACCAACUAAAGAAGGAAUACUGAAGCUAAACGAACAUCUCAAGCAAGUGGACAGCAACAGUGUGCUAGUAUUGCAGAACAUUUUUCUUCAGCAAUUAGUCAUACUCGUCGACGCGGUACCGGGGCAAAAUCAAAACGAAUUAAAAACGCACCUUCUAGAAUGUAUCAUCACCAUUCUACAGAAAGGUCGGCUCACGAAAGCAGUGGCAUUAAAAACGACGCUCCUAGCCACAGUAAAACUGAUUUACGACAAAGAAACGGGUAAACUACGUCCCAACCUUUCGGAAGAGUACAAACUGUCCGUACUAAAAGUGCUAUCGUUCGCUACACGCCACAUCCAAACCGAGCUGAUCGAGGAGAUUUACGUGAAGGAAAAUUUGACCCUCCUUUCGCAAGCCAUCUUUGUGUGCGUCCGCAUACUGGAAACGGAGCGUGCACGAAAGUUACGUUUUCAGGCAGUAGACUCAGUCCUGUCGUUGUUGCAAAUACACGAUGAUUUCGAUUUCGACGAUAUCGUGCUUCGGUGCCAGGUGGCAGAGCUGUUGUUUAUCGCCCUACCGAAACUGCUGGCCAUUUUUGUGUCCAUCAUCAAUGGGGACGAAAAGCAGGGUACUGCCGUGUACCGGAUCGCCAUAAAAGCACUUGGCCGUACGCUUAGUUUGAUUUUUGAAGAUUAUUCAAAAGAAGCGACGAACGAUGAGUAUUGCGUCGAACGAUUUCGCCAGCUGACGGCAAGUAUGGCUGGCAAAGAUGGGAACGCUAAUGUGUUGGGUUUGGGAUUGCGGGAGGAUGAUAAAAUCAAAUAUUUCAACGAGACGGAACGUACGCGGGAGUGGUUACUGCAGGCGGAGAAGAAGGUAGAGAAGGUACUGCAGCUGAUUCUGCAUCUUCGCGGGCAUGAGGAAGAACUUGUACGGUUAGAAUUUGCCAAAAUGAAUUGUGAAUUGUUACGAAACUGCACUUAUAACAUGCCCACCUGUACCAUGCACUAUCUUCAGACCGUAAUUGCCAUGUGUCACGAUGAAUCCGAACGCGUUCGCGCUGCGUGCGAAAAGUGUCAGGAAUCUAUGCCCAGUUUUACGAUAUCUUUCGCUGGAAAUCGUACCGAUGAACUGUUUUUCGAAGCACUCAACCAAAUGCCACGAAUCAUCUACCGUGGCGAAGAACGGGAACAAAUAGCUAACUUUCGCCUUAUUACUGGAUUCCUUAGCUUUUUUUCUGCGUCGCAGCUGGCUAGCGUAUUCUCCUGCCAAAAUAUUCUGGAACAGUUCAUCAUGGUACUGUUGGCUGCCGCUGAGCUAGAGAGCGUCGAUGAACUGAUUCGCCGAGAGUACGUUUCCUAUCGUUUUCAGUACGAAGAGGGUUUCCAUUUGCAAAAGGAGAAAAAAGAAUCACGAUGGAUCGUACUGAAGAAUGUGUCCUCUGCUCGAGCGAAGCAAUCGUUUCUCGAUCUUAUCCACAAACUGCGAAAGCACGAACAAGCAGUAAAUACGGUACUUAUGUACAUUCUGGAAGACUUUUACGCCUCUCGACUGAACAGCAACGGUUAUCUGUUUAUUUUGAGUGAAUUAAUUCCGGACCCGAACACUGAUUGUAGUCCCGCUCAGUUGGAACCGUUCAAAACGUUGCUCUCGGAAGUAUUACAGCCACAUCAUUGGUUCUUAGAGCUGGAUGAAAACGACAACAUAGCAGAUCAAAAAUAUAAUGCAUUGCACAUCUGUCUCGUGGUUCGUACGAUCGCUCGACUUGCACGGUUAAUGAAGGACGAGUUCCAUUGGAAUCUGUACGAUGCGUUGAGAAUUCUCUUACAAUGCUGUGGCAGUACACUGAAUUGUAUCAACGAAUCGACUGAAUUAGCGCUCGACGUUGUAGCACACUCGCAAGGACUGUCCAGCAUCGAACAGUUGAUACAUCAUAAUCUCGACUAUAUAUCGCAACAAGUUACACGAUGCUUGAGACGCAAAGAACACUUUCGUGAUGGUAUGAACAUACUCGAAGCUGUACUACGCUUCGUACCGUACGAAACGUCCAAUGUGCUUGAAUCAACCGUUACACCGAUCAUCAUGAAUAUCCUUGACAGCUACUCACAGUAUGGCGAAAAUAAUUCGAUUGUUUGUCUUCGGGUGUUGCAAAUAUUUAUCCACUCGAUAAAAUUACGUUACGAGCACUUUAUGAACCUAGAACCAGCGAACCCUUCGAAUGAGAAAGCUUCCACUAAUCUUGUGGAGCAAAUUGAGCGAUUACAAAAGCUGCUCCAACAAGAAAUUGCAAACGAACCGGAUGAUAUUGAAUUUAAACCGGAUGAAGUGACCGAAGAGCAGACAGAUAUAGAUGAGCAUGGAAAUGAAGCAGAAAUGGAAGAGAAUAAAGACGACGAAGAGUUGCUGCCCGCACACGUCAAGAUCGUGUUGCGCAUCCUGACUGUUAACUUCAAACAUCUAGCUUCGUCCGACGAUGCCGAACGGAUUAUUGCACUGUGUACGCUCAACGAGGGUAUCUAUGUGCUGCAACGGUAUGAAAAUCAACUCCUACCUUUAGUGCACAAUAUCUGGUUCAACUUUACCGAGCGAUUCUCGGACCGGAAUCCUGCCGUUGUGAGCAAUGCAUUCGAUUUGUUGCUAACUCUGGCCCGACUGGCAAAAGACUUCAUUCGCAACCGUUCACUCGACGAUGUACUUCCAAAGAUGUACAAGUUCAUGCAGGAUCACUGGAACGCGGACGCUAGUGCACACCAGGUGUAUAAAUUGCAGUGCAAGUUUCUUGCCUCAGUUGACGAGCUGGUGCGAAAUCUUAAUUUCAGCGAGAAGCAACUGGAUCAAGUUUUGGAGGUGGUACGCCUGUACUUGGAGAAAUGUGAAAGACGGGAGUUAAGAAAACGAGCCGCUGAAUGUAUGCAACGUAUGAGGACUGUUAAUUCGCUUGCGGUCUUUCUGAAGUGUGGUUGUAAAGUUGGACUGCAGUAGGUCUGUGA